CUAAGAAGUUAUUUUGUAUCUUGUAAUAUAGAAUGAACGGGUCAAUCUUCUAGUUCCUUGAGAAGAAAAGAGCGUGUUUUGAUUUCUAGGGUUUUCAAACGAGAGAGAAGAAAAUGAGCGAAUUUGCAGAGACUCUCAAGCGCGAAGCUGAUUCCGAAAACAAGGAGGAAGUUUCUGCAACGAAGAAGUCAAGGAUUGAAUCUUCGGAAGAUAAUGCCUCAAAGGAAGUAUCUUUCCGCAUUGAUGCAGACGCGGCUGAGGAUAAAGGAUUGAGACAAACAAUGGAGGAUGAAUGGGUUGUUCUUCUCGAUGCAGCUCGAGAUUACCCUGGGAGUUUGAGAUGUGCUCACUUUGCAAUUUAUGAUGGACAUGGGGGCCGGUUAGCUGCAGAGUAUGCUCAAAAGCAUUUGCAUGGAAAUGUUCUUGCAGCAGGAUUACCACGUGAGUUGUUGGAUGUAAAGACUGCUAAAAGAUCUAUACUUGAUGGUUUUCGUAAAACUGAUGAGUCUCUUCUUCAAGCAAGUGCUGAAGGAGGAUGGCAGGAUGGUGCUACAGCUGUAUGUGUUUGGGUAUUGGGACAAAAAGUUUUUGUCGCAAAUGUAGGAGAUGCCAAAGCAGUUUUAGCUCGGUCAGUUGUAUCUGUUGGAUCCCAAGAUAACUCAGACAAAGUUAAUGCUCUCAAGGCCAUUGUUUUGACGAGAGAACACAAACCUAUAUUCCCACAGGAGCGUUCACGCAUUCAGAAGGCUGGUGGUGCUGUGAGCUCAAAUGGACGAUUACAAGGGCGUCUUGAAGUAUCUAGGGCUUUUGGAGAUCGGCAGUUCAAAAAGGUGGGUCUUGUUGCGACCCCAGAUAUCCAUUCAUUUGACCUUACUGAUAGAGAUCAUUUCAUCAUUCUUGGUUGCGAUGGAUUGUGGGGGGUAUUUGGUCCCAGUGAUGCUGUUGAUUUUGUUCAGAAGUUGUUGAAUGAGGGACUAUCUGUAACAGUUGUGAGCCGCCGUCUUAUAAGGGAAGCUGUUCGAGAGCGUCGAUGCAAAGAUAACUGCACUGCAGUUAUCAUUGUAUUCAAGCGAAAUUAAACCAUAUCCUGUGUUAUAUACCAACUGGCCUACCAAUCAAAAUGACAUUUGCUUACAAUGUUGCUUUCUGUAACCAAUUCAUAAAUUUCUUAUUUCCUAUUACUGUAUACAAAUGGUAGCACCGAACCGAUUUCAAUGUUAUUUUGUUAUGAUACAAGUGGUUGCAUGAUUAUUGUAGUGUAGUGUAAACUUUUGUGAUAUAUAUAUGAUGAGAUGAAUCAGAGGAUUAUAUGUUA